AUGGUGUUGCAAAGUCAAUUUGGCCAAUCGGCCAAGUUACUUGCCUACGUCGCCAGAUUCUCUGCAAAGCGUCCAAUUCAUGUGAUAUUGAUCACUCUGCUAAUGUCAGCCAUUGCAUAUUUGUCUGUUGUCCAGUACUAUGUCAGUGGUUGGCAAUUAGCUUCGACAAGCGUAUUUUCUGCAGACAGCCCUGACGCAGAUGGCCUAUUUGAAGAGUGUACGCAUUAUUAUCGUGGUCCAAAUUCUGAUGUUUGGAAUCUGCUGUCCUCUGAGGAAGCUAAAUCGAAAGCGGUGCCACAACAUUACUAUUUAUUCAACUUGGACUUCGAGAGUGAAAACGAAACCAUCUCAUUGCCACACCCUGAUAAUAUCUUUUACGAAACCAAUAACAACAAAUACGUCCUGAAGACGGAACCCUCGAUUGAGCAAUCCUUUACAUCUCAGGACGGAACUCAAUGGAGAUUGAGCAACUAUAGAAACCGUUUGUUUGAAAUUCAGCAUUUUUUGACUACCGUCUACAAAAAUCUAAAAACAAGGUUCCUCGAAUCGGAACCCUUUGAUAUUAUAAUCGUUGGUGCCGCUCAUUUGACCAUGAUUUAUAGUGUUGUAAGUCUAUUCAGUGACAUGAGUAAGACAGGAUCCAGAUUUUGGUUAAGUUUGUCUGCUAUGGUCAACUCCGCCUGUGCAUUAUUCCUAGCAUUGUACACUACUCAGUCGAUCGUUAACAGGCCAGUUAGUCUAUUGAGCUUAAUUGAAGGUCUCCCAUUCAUUGCCGUCAUCGUCGGUUUCAAGCAUAAAGUGAGAUUGACCGCUUAUACUUUACAAAGUUUCGAGAGAAUGGGCAUCACCAAGAUGACAACGGAUAAAGCCCUUUUCGAUGCUAUGUGUAUCGAAGGUCGCCGUUUACUACAAGACUACGUCCUUUGCCUAGUUGCCUUCAUUGGAUGUUCUAUCUAUGCAAGAAAAUUGGAAACUUUGAAGAACUUUUGCAUUUUGUCCGCUUUCAUCUUAUUCUUCGAAUUGAUACUCACAACAACUUUCUUCUCUGCAGUUCUUGCCUUGAAGUUGGAGAUAAAUGUCAUUCAUAGAUCUACUGUCAUCAAACAGACUUUGGAAGAGGAUGGUGUGAUUCCAAGUACUGCCAAUCUUAUCUAUGGAGCAUUGACUAAGUCGAAGACUUCGGUUCUACAAUCAAACGCUGCAGUAACCUUCGUUAAGCUUUCUCUCAUCGGUGCCUUUGUUGCUAUCAAUUUCUACAACUUUGGCGCUGGUUGGGCCUCCGAAACAUUCACAUCUCUGUACUCAUUCAACACAACUGCCUCUUUGCCAGAGUUCAUUCAUACUCACGAUAGUGGCAAUCUAGGAAAACAAGUGAUCAUCUCCAUCGCCCCAGUUCAGUACUAUAGACCAAUGAAGGCCUAUCACCAAGUCGAAGAUAUUCUGCUCCGCUUGCUUCGUUAUGUUAGUAUGGCUAUCAGAGAUAGAUUGAUUAGCAAAUUGGUUUUCUUUGCACUAGCUAUUAGUGCCACAAUUAAUAUCUAUUUGUUGAAUGCUGCUAGAAUCCACACAAGUUUCACAGCCGAUGAAAUAAGUAAGAAGAAAAUCGCUAAGAAGGAAGAAAAGAUCGCCGCUGUGACAGAUACCCAUGCGAAGAAGGUUGUUACCACUGUCUCAAAGAAGACUGCAGUAGCUGUCGAUUCAAGCUCUACUACUGACGAAGACGAAACUGAUAGUGACAUUAAUGGUUUCCCUGAAAGGCCUCUACAAGAAUUGGAACAACUCUACAAGGAUGGUCAAGUGUGCAGUUUGAGAAACAAAGAAAUUGCACUUCUAGUGACGAACAGCAUUUUACCAUUGUAUGCCUUGGAGAAGGUACUCCGUAAUACCACGCGUGCCGUGGCAGUGCGUCGUAAAGCCCUAGCUAUCCUUGCAGAUGCCCCUGUGUUGUCUACUGAUCGCUUGCCUUACAAGCAUUACGACUACGAUCGUGUAUUUGGAGCUUGUUGUGAGAAUGUUAUUGGUUACAUGCCUUUGCCAGUUGGUGUGAUUGGCCCCAUGAUAAUCGAUGGAGUAUCUUACCACAUCCCAAUGGCUACCACCGAAGGUUGUUUAGUUGCGUCGGCCAUGCGUGGUUGCAAAGCUAUCAAUGCUGGUGGAGGUGCUGCUACUGUGUUAACUAAAGAUGGUAUGACCAGAGGCCCAUGUGUCCGUUUUCCAACUUUGGCAAGAUCUGGUGCUUGUAAAAUGUGGUUAGAUUCCGAAGAGGGCCAAAACAAGGUUAAGAAAGCCUUCAACUCCACAUCUCGUUUCGCGCGUUUGCAACAUGUUCAAACUGCCUUGGCAGGAGAUUUACUUUUCGUCCGUUUCAGAACUACCACUGGUGAUGCUAUGGGUAUGAAUAUGAUCUCUAAAGGUGUGGAAUUCUCGUUGAAACAAAUGGUAGAAGAAUUUGGGUGGAGUGAUAUGGAAAUCGUCUCUGUUUCUGGUAAUUACUGUACGGAUAAAAAAUCUGCCGCCAUCAAUUGGAUCGAAGGACGUGGUAAGAGUGUCGUUGCUGAAGCUACUAUCCCUGGUGAUGUUGUUAGAAAGGUUUUGAAAAGCGACGUUUCCGCUCUUGUCGAGCUAAACAUAAGCAAAAACUUGAUUGGUUCCGCAAUGGCGGGUUCUAUUGGUGGUUUCAAUGCACAUGCUGCAAACCUGGUCACUGCCGUUUAUCUAGCUCUUGGUCAAGAUCCCGCUCAAAACGUCGAAAGUUCGAGUUGUAUGACUUUGAUGAAAGAAGUCGACGGUGAUCUGCGGAUCUCCGUCUCCAUGCCAUCUAUCGAGGUCGGUACCAUCGGUGGUGGUACCAUCUUGGAACCACAAGGUGCGAUGUUAGAUCUACUGGGAGUCAGGGGUCCUCACCCAACUGAUCCUGGUGCCAAUGCUCGCCAACUUGCCAAGAUCGUUGCAUGUGCAGUCAUGGCUGGUGAACUAUCGCUAUGUGCUGCUUUAGCCGCGGGACACCUGGUGCAAAGUCAUAUGACGCACAAUCGUGCCAAGAAACCCGCAAAUGCUGCUCCCGUUGCUGAUCCCAAAGAGAUUGAGCGUUUGACUGAAGGCUCGAAAUCCUGUAUCAAAUCCUAA